ACUCUGUUAACCGACAGCAGCAAGGGGGGUCUUGUCCUAUAUUCCCAGUCAACCGACAUAUAUGAGAACCUUUCCCUGGAGGACUGGAUUGAGGCCAACGUCGACCUGUAUCAACGCAACGUUUUGUUGCUGUGGCGUAACACGCCAGCCGUGGUUAUUGGGCGACACCAGAAUCCAUGGAAGGAGUGCAACCUGUCGCUCAUGAGGCGUUCUGGGAUAUGUUUGGCACGCAGACAGAGUGGUGGAGGGACAGUCUUCCAUGACCUAGGGAACCUGAACUUGACCUUCUUUGCUUCAAAGAAGGCGUACGACCGCCAGAGGAACCUGAAAGUCAUCACUGGGGCCCUGAAUUGUCUCCGGCCUGGACUAGAGGUUGAAGCUACUAAAAGAUUCGACAUAUUCCUGAAGGGGCACUACAAAAUCACAGGAAGUGCCUCUAGAAUUAGCCGUAAGUCAUCCUACCAUCAUUGCACCCUGCUGCACUCGUCCGACCACUCGGCCCUCUCCCCCGUGUUGCACUCCACCUGCCAGGGCCUCCACAGCAACGCCACGCCUAGUGUGCCCUCUCCUGUGACCAACUUGGUGGAUCAUGAACCCACACUGACAUGGAAGGAGCUACUAGAUGCACUGGCUGAUCAGCACAGUGCAGAAUUUGGCGGCAGUGCUGCAAUGAAUCUGGUGAAUCCGGCUGAUGAUGCUGCGUUUCCAGGUCUCGGCACCAAGUCUGCAGAGUUGCGAGCAUGGGACUGGAUCUUUGGAAAGACGCCCAAGUUCAGCGUUAAAACGAGACUUCAAAUGACAGACGAUAUUUCCUCAGCAGGACGCUCGAUCGAGCUGUGUUUAGAAGUGAAAAGCGGUGUGAUUGAGAGCUGUAGGUUAGAUGUUCCCACUGACUGGCUUCCACACAGUUUGACUAGUGAGCUGAGGGGCGUGCUAGAGGGAGAGCGAUUUUGUCCACAACGUACUGCUGCAGCUUUUUCGAUGCUGUUGCGAUGUGAGAGCGGUGAAAAGCAGGACAGACUGCGGAGACUUUGUGAUGCCAUAUUGGCUAUAAUGGGCGCACCAUAA